AUGAUCACCGAUCUUCCAAAGGAUUUGAUAGAAGAAAUCCUUUCAAGGGUUUCCAUGACAUCUAUGAGAGUUGUGCGAUUAACUUGCAAAAGUUGGAAUACUUUAUCCAAUAGUGAGAGCUUUAAGAAGAUGCACAUUGGUAAAGUUACAUCAACGAGAGAAGGAGAAUCUAGGGUGAUCAUGUUGAUAGAUUACAAUCUUUUUUUGAUGAGCGCUGUCCUCAUGGAUGACGUUGAUCCAUCUAUAGAGUUUAAAGGUAAACUUAGUUGUCUUAAGGAACAAGUCAAGAUAUCUCAAGUCUUUCACUGUGAGGGUUUAUUGUUAUGCAUCUUGAAAGACGAUACUAGGAUUGUUGUUUGGAAUCCGUAUAGGCAGGAAACAAGGUGGAUCAUACCUAGAUAUUCUCACCGUCCAUACGUAAUGAACAAUAUCAGAUAUGCUCUUGGAUACGAGAAUAAUAAAUCUGGUCGUAGCCUUAAAUUAUUGAGGUUUAUAGAUUAUUGCUACACCGAAAAGCACAUUUGUUGGCAUGAAAUCUACGAUUUUGACUCUGAUUUAUGGACAACUCUUGAUGUCACUCCACAUUGGUAUAUAUUGUCUAAUUGGUCUUGUGUCCAAGGCGUCUCUCUCAAAGGGAACACUUACUGGUGUGCUAGAGAAGAAAACUCAGAUGGUUACAAUCAUAUAAUCUGUUUUGAUUUUACAAGAGAGAGAUUUGGUCCGCUUCUGCCUCUACCGGUUAACGUUAUAGAUAAUGAAUAUGAAUAUGUGACUUCAUCUUGUGUUAGAGAAGGGAAGAUUGCGGCUUUAUUUCAGCACAACGAUUCAUAUCCAUAUGAGCUUGAGAUAUGGAUUACGACUAAGAUUGAGGCGGAAAUGGUGUCGUGGAACAAGUUCUUGAGAAUUGACAUUGAACCUAACAAUAACAUAAUGGUUCCAUUUAUAUAUGGGGGUUUCUUCAUUGACGAGGAGAAGAAGAAAGUCGCCUUGGGGUUUGAUGAAGAGUUCGGUCGCAAAACAUUUAACAUUAUUGGAGAGGAUGGAUAUUUUAGAGAAUUCGAUCGCAUAACAUUUAACAUUAUUGAAGAGGCUGGAGAACGUGCAGGCGUAAACUGUGGUUCAUAUGUGUGCUCUUAUGUUCCAAGUUUGGUCCGAAUUAAGAAACCUGCACAAGGCAAAAGGAAAAGACAAAGCAGUUUAGAAAAGCUUCGAUUUGAUCAAAACACGUGGAUAUUUGACAGCAUUUAUCAAGCCACUGCCAGUCAAAUACGUAGGAGGAGGCCAACAAGAUGA